UCUUCCCCAACCCUUUCAAGACGCGAGCGCUCUCUACCUCUUGAUCUCUCAAUCUCUCGAGAUUUCCAGAGUUUCUCGCUCGUUUCUACGAUUUUUUAGGGCUCUCUCUCUUAUUUCCUGCGAUCUUUUUAGAUCGUUCUAUCUCAUUUUCUGCAACCUUUCUAGGUUUUUCUGCUCUCUUAAGAGAUUUUUUAGGGUUUCUGUGAGUGUAUGGCAGUGAGCUUACCAUCGAAUGAGGUAUCGGACCUCUGCCUCGGCAAACCGGCGUUGAAAUCGCUGUCGAUCUCCGCUACCGUCGGCGACGCUUUGUCGGCCCUCAAGCGAUGCAGCGAGAUCUGCCUCAGCGUCUGGAGCUGUGACCAUAGAUCGGCCGAUAAGAAGAAGAUCGGCGACUGUCGCUGUGUCGGGAAGGUUUGCAUGGUCGACGUUAUCUGCUACCUUUGCCGGGAAGAGAAUCUAACAGAUCCGGCAUCCGCGCUCAAAUCGCCGGUCUCGGUGCUGCUACCCAAGGCUCCGGGUAUCGUUCGGCACGUCGAGCCCCAUCUCAGCUUGUUAGAUGCUCUCGAUCUCAUUCUGGACGGUGCUCAGAACCUGAUUGUUCCGAUUGAGACAUACUACAAUGGAAGGAAGAAGCUCCUGAAAAAUCAAUCCAUCUUGGGCACUUCCCAUUCCAACGGCCGUGAAUUCUGCUGGUUGACCCAAGAAGACUUCGUCCGCUUCCUCCUCAACUCCAUCGGCCUCUUCUCCCCUCUCCCCGCCUUGUCCAUCGACUCCCUCAACAUCAUCCGCACCGACGUCCUUGCCGUCCCGUAUCACGACCCUGCUGCCUUGUCUGUUGAUGCCAUCGCCCUCGCUCUCUCCCAACAGACCUCUGUUGCCGUAGUCACCUCCGACGGCAAGAUAAUUGGAGAGAUCUCUCCUUUCACACUUGCCGCCUGCGACGAGACCAUCGCAGCUGCCAUUGCCACCCUCUCGGCUGGCGAUCUAAUGGCAUACAUUGACUGUGGUGGCCCGCCGGAGGACCUCAUCCGGACUGUGAAAGCAAGGUUAGCAGAGAGGGACAUGGAAGGGAUGCUGGAGCUUUUGAAUGAAUUUUCUUCAUCUUCAUCUUCCUCUUCCUCUGAUGAGGAGUCAUCUUUUGCAUCAUCACCGUCCACGGUCAGGUACCGACCGGGGAGCUACUCUGCGCGUAUGGUGCGGCGGGCAGAGGCGAUUGUCUGCCAUCCAGGUAGCUCGCUGGUGGCCGUCAUGAUCCAGGCGCUGGCCCACCGGGUGAAUUACGUGUGGGUCAUCGAAGAUGACUACAGCUUGGUCGGAAUUGUCACAUUUUCCGACGUGCUGAACGUUUUCCGGGAACAUUUGCAGCCGUUUCAGUAGUAGUGUGAGGAAGAGAAACCCCAGAACAAUGCAUUCUUAUCGAGUUUGCAAUUUUCUUU